AAAAAGAGAAAGACGAAUCACAAUACUUCGACAAACAACAACGAUGACAUCCCGUUCGCACCGCGACGACCCCUCGACUGACGCCGAGAUAAGUGCCCCGACGAGCAAUGCAGUGGUGGACGUCCCCAAGGACGGGCAGGAGCAGCACGAGGACAUGCGCCGCAGCCUCAUACACGAAGAUGCGCUCAAUGGCGGCGAUGCCGCCGACAGCGAAGUGGACGAGGGAGAAGGACAGGGCGAGGGAGGCGUUGUGGUAAGUCAGCCACACACACACACACACACACGCACGCACAAGACAGCAAUGACAAUCGUGAUUUGAGGAGUACCCACGAGAUUGCAUGUGUGGUGUGCUGUGUGCUACUUACUGUGUGUGUCCAGGUGAGGAGGUUGGGUCAGACGACUGUUGUGUUUCUGUUGGCUUUUGUGGUCAUCAUCACGGGGGCUUUCAACUACGUCACGGGCAAGAUAAGGGCCAAACCGCUGGGUGCAUACGAUGUGAGUGAGUGGGCUGCACGGGGACAGACAUCGACCCAACGACGGACGGCCAUGAAGUACUGUUGCUUGGCUUGCUGUGUGUGUCAGUACUUCGUAUCCUUGUUCAACUCGAUGGCCUACUGCGGCCUCUACUGGGCCAUACUGGUGAGUGAGUGUCCAUAGGAACACGUGACGGCAUAGAUUCACCACCACUGCCUUGGUGGAUAUACGUGUGUUGUGGUGUGAUCCAUUCAGUUGGUCCGCAUCGUCAGCGGUCAGGUGACCCCCAAGCAGCUGAGCUACGUGUGGCGCAGCGAGGUGCCCUCCAGGCCUUCAUCAUUCGCUGGCGGGGCCUGGAAGUGGUUCGUCCUCACUGGUAGGCCACACCAUUGAUCCCACCGACCACAAACACAAACACGAACACGUAUGCGUGUCUGUGUCUGUGUGUGUGUGCAGGUCUGUUUGACAGCUGCGGCAACAUCUUGGGAUUCAUCAGCCAGCCGUACGUCAGCGGAGCCGUAUACAGCCUGAUGAACCAGACCAUCGUGCCCUUCACGGCCAUCGUGUCGAUGAUCAUGCUGGGGAGGAAGUACACACUCUGGCAGGUCUGCGCCAUCACCGUCGUGGUCUGCGGGGCCAUCCUGGCCCUCGUCCCCGACCUCAGUGCCCACCCCACCGGCGGCAGCUCACACCACAUGCAUGCCUCGGAGUCCCUGGGGUUCGCCCUCCUCACCGCUCUGUCGACGCUGCCCUCCGCUCUGUCCUUUGCUCUCAAGGAGAAGAUCUUCCGCAAGUACGCCCACCACCACCAUGGGGGCGACGGUACGCCGCCCGAGUCGCUAGACCUCUUCGUCGUUAACUCACAUGGGAGCCUGUUUGGGCUGCUGUGGGUGCCGCUCGCACUGCCCCUCAACAUCGUCUUCGGCCAGGUGCGCAUGGGAGGGUCGGGCGCGUGAUUCGGUCGGGUCGAUGCACUUGUGUCCAUGUCUCUCUGUGUUGUGGGCGUUCAUUCAUUCAGACAAACGGUCAGCCGUUGUCUCAGUACGUGGUGGACGGCUUCUCGUGUUUCGGUGGCGUGACGCCCGACAGCUGUCUGUGCUACGAGCGCAACUGCCAAGCGUGGGGGUGCUGCAAAUACGCAUUCAGCACUUACAUGGUCUAUGUAACGGUAAACCUCGCAUUCAACAUCUUCCUACUUGGUACGCAACAAACACACAAACGUGGCUCAGUCAGUAGACAGACAGGGAUUGUGACAUUGUGUCAUGCGUGUUUGUGUGGGUGCGGUGCGGUGCGGUGCGUGUGUGUCAGCUUUGCUUAAGGUGGGGUCGGCCCUGCUGGCCUUCAUCUGCCUCAAGGUGGGCUCGUGUGUGUGAUUGACUGGCCGAACACGUACCUUGGCGUGUCUGUGUUGUUGGCCAGGCUGUGUUGCCCUUAUCGAUUCUGCUAUUCGCCGUGUAUCCCUGGCCGCUGCUCGACCAGAGUGACACCAGAGUCACGCCAUACACAUGGGUGAGUGAGUCGAAGAAGGGCAGGGAGGAACCGAUGGAUGCGGUGGUGUUGGCUGGCUCUUCCUGCAGGUGAGUCUGGUGAUCAUCUUGGGUGGUGUGGUGUGGUACAAGAUGACCGACAUACACAAGGAGGCCAUCAAGAAGAAAAAGUUCGAGGGCCACGAGCCGCCAUGCCUGUGGCCCCUCCCCCUCUUCAAACGGUCAGUCAGCCGGAUGCAUCCACUCACGGCCCAAAGCACAACCACUGCAUGUCGAUCUGCAUGCAUGGCUGCGUGUGUCAAGGGGUGCUGCAGAUCUCCUGGCGUCCGCCAGCCGUCGCGUCUGCCGUCGUCGGCGCGCAACGACACCCACUGAGAGCCGCACGCCGCUCACACAAGAGGGGGAGGACAGCAGUGACCCCGCAACCACCGCUAGAAGGGCGCAUGUGCCUGGGAGAAAAGACAGCUAGCUCAGCUGAGCAGCCAGAGAGAGAGAGAGAGAAGAUCUGGCCGGCGGUCCCCGGGAGUGGGAGGCGGGUGUACGGUGUACGAUAAAACACACACGCCACGCCAUGGGCAGGGCAGGCUGAUCAUGCGACUGACGAGAGGGAGUUUCUUGGUGGGUUGGUCGGUUUGGUGUUGUUUGUCAUGUGUUGUGUUGAGCGUGUACAUACAUAAAGAUCCAAAGGUAUGAGUGACUGUCUUCCUCUCGAGCCAGGCUCGGUGUACAUUUCGUGUUUGCAGCGACUCACAUUCAUGGACAGUGCAUGGCUGAGCCACGACGCUGUCUCGGUUUGUCUCCUCUUGUACUGCAUGGGGCGGCUCGG